AUGCAGUUUAAAAUGAGUCAACUUGCUCUGUUCACUCCAACUCCCAUCUCCAUGUCUCUGCAUUUUCAAACACCUCUCUCUCUCUCUUGAACAGCACUUAUUACACAUAAUAACUAAGUGCAUGUGUUCCUCAAAACUCUCCCACUUCAUUCAAUGAUCUUAUUUAUUUAUUCAUAUUUGACUUUCCAAGUUUUGAGCUGUUGAUAAAAUUCAUCCUAUUUCAUUUCUGACCUGUUCCUCCAUAAGAAAAUUUUUCUCCACUUCCUUGGCUUCUUUUUCUUCACUCAUACAAAACAUAUGUGACUCAACUUAGAUCUCAUCAUAUUAUUACACCAUUCAUCUCUUUUCAAACAUCUUUUUCUCAUAGAUAACAAGCAUAUAUAUUGUAUACAUCUUCUUUAUAGUGUUAAUGGAUGCAGCACCAAGACAUCUUUUUUCAUUCAAAAACCAGCAGAAUAACAUUAGUAUAACUCAACCUCCAAUGGGUGCAGUUUCAAGCAGUGGCUUCCCAAUAAUUGGCGUUGCAAUGUUAGGAAUUAUGGCCAUUGGUUUUCUGCUAGUCAGCUACUAUAUCUUUGUCUCUAAAUGCUGCAUCAACUGGCAACAAUUCGACCCUUUAAGACGCUUUUUUAGUACGCGGCCACGCCAAUAUGAAGACCCUUUAAUGGGCUAUUCCCCUUCAAGAGAAAGCAGAGGACUCGACGAAUUGGUGAUAAGAGAUAUUCCAACUUUUCAGUACAGCAGAAAUAGAGUUGGUGAAAGAAGUUUUAGGAGAUGUGUGGUUUGUUUGAAUGAGUUUAAAGAAGAUGAAAUGUUAAGACUUCUUCCUAAAUGCAGCCAUGCUUUUCACUUGGAUUGUAUUGAUAUUUGGCUUCAAAAUAAUGCUAGUUGUCCUCUUUGUAGAACUAGUAUUUCUGGCGCAACAAAUAAACAUCCACUUGAUAUGAUUGUUGCACCAAAUUCAUCACCUCAAGAUCCUCAUAUUCCACUUCUUAGAAGAAGUAGCAUUUUAGGGAGUGAAGAAGAUUUUGUAGUGAUUGAAUUAAGUGGUGAACUUGAGGCACAAAAUAGAAGUAACUCUAUUAGUAGGGAAUUGUUGCAGUCUCAAUCAAGAAGUCACUCUUCAAGAAAAUUUGAGCAGAGGAUUGGAAAGUUAACAAAACAGCAAACAAGAAAGUUUUCAAUUAUGGGCGAUGAAUGCAUUAAUGUAAGAGAGAAAGAUGCUCAGUUUUCAGUUGAGCCAAUUAGGAGAUCUUUCUCUAUGGACUCUGCGGCGGACCGACAUGUUUAUUUGUCAGUGCAAGAGAUGAUAAGGCAUAAUAGACACCUCAGAGAGGUGAGAAAUAAUGGAGAAAGUAGCAGUAGAUCAAUUCGCAAAUCAAUCUUUUCUUUUGGACAUAGAAGAUCCAAAACUUCAGUUUUACCCUUUGAAUUUUAAGUAUAAUCUGGAAUCUGUUAGUUUGUUCAGUCUUUGUUGCAAAGUUGACUCCCUGAUACAAAUACUAACAUGGUUUUUUUAGUUUCUUUUA